AUGCCCAAAGGAGAUCGCCAAACAGAUGGCAUCUUCAGCAGAGGAAAGCAAUAUACUUAUCUUGCAGCAGAAGAGGCUGCAGGUAUUGGAAUCCUUGUUGUGGUUCUUGCUGUUUUACUGAUCAUUGGCUGCUGGUAUUACAAAAGGCGAUGUGGCUAUAAAAACCUCCUGAGUAAAAGCUCACAUGCUGGCACUAUGAGAAGGGUGGCAGGUGAAGAUGCCCCACUGGAUUGCAAAGCACUUUUACAGGAGUACAGCAACUUUAAUUCUGUGGUACCUGAUGCUCCACCAGCAUAUGACAAAAUCUCUGCAGACCCAUUGCCACCACCUUAUUCACCAUGAUGUUGAGUCAGUCUUAAAUGCCAAGUAUACAAAUUGCUUCUCUUCGUGCUUUUGCUUAAACUCAUAUGCAAGCCUAGCAUUCUUUAUGGGUAAACUGUAAUA